AGCAAUUUCAGAAGACUUGCAUCUUGUGGGUUGCUAAUACUAGAGUAGUCUGCUUACAUAUUUCUGUUCCAUCCCAUUACCGCUUGUCAUAACUCAACCGCCAUUUUCAGCUCGUACAAAGCAUCCACCAUGAGCUCUACGCUAGAACAAAAGACUAUGCGAGCGCAGCAAUAUGAUGCGCGAGACAACAAGCUCCAUCUCAAUGAAGUAUCUAUCCCACAGCCCCGCGAGCAUGAGCUCCUCAUCAAGAUGCAAUGCGCAUCUCUCUGUCACUCUGAUGUGAUGCUCUUCGAGCCCAAUGAACAAGGUCUUAUUCUCGGCAAGAACCCUGUUACCAUCGGCCACGAAGGCUCGGGCAAGGUCGUUGCGACUGGGUCAGGAGAAGUAGCCAAGCAAUUUAAAGAGGGAGAUGCAGUGGGUUUCCUCUGCGCUGUCGACUGCUGCUUCGAGUGCUAUUCCUGCAAGAACGUCAGUAACAUCUGGUGUUCAACGGGGCAGACCAAGAUACAGGGAUUUAGUGCUGAUGGUUAUUUUGCCGAGUAUGCAGUCGUGGAUGCAAGGGAAGCCAUCGUUUUGCCUGAAAAUUUGGAUCCUAAAACAUCAGCACCUCUUUUCUGCGCUGGUGUAACCGCAUACCACGGCAUCGCAGACUGCGAGUUACCUGCUGGGUCCUGGCUUGCAGUCAUCGGCUGUGGUGGUCUCGGGCACAUGGGUAUCCAGUAUGCCAAGGCCAUGGGCCACAAAGUCAUUGGCAUUGAUAUUACCGAUGCGGCUGUAGAAGAAGCAAAGAGUUGUGGUGCGGAUUACACCUUCAAUUCCAUGACGGACCAGGAUUACAAGAAGAAGAUACUGGAGCUCACAGGCGGUGGUGUGCAUGCGGCAGUCAACUUUACAGCGUCCAAGAAGUCGUACGAUGACUGCCCGGCAAUAGUCAAGCCUGGUGAGGGUAUGAUCAUGGUGGUAGGUAUUCCGCAGAAGCCAUUGGAAUUCAACGGCCUGGAUAUUGCGAUGGGUCGUUACAAGGUCAAGGGAUCGAACAAUGGAACAUGUUACAACAUGAGGGAGGUGAUUGAGUUUUCUGCAAAACAUAAUAUCAAGGCGCACUUGACAACGUUCCCGCUGGAGGAGGUACCCAAAAUGGUCGAGCUGAUGAACUCACACCAAGCAAAGGGACGCAUGGGUGUGAUUUUUGAUUAGAAGGCAGGCAGUUGAGAGUCCAAUGAGAAGUAUGGGACAGCAGGAACUAUGCACCAUAGCAAUAAGGCCGGAUUUAGACGUGUAGUAAAGACAAGCAUGCACUUGUGUGGCUUUGACCCAAGUGUUACCCGGGCAACGCUAGGCGAUGAGGGAAAGCGCGCCCCUAGC